GGGCCGUGCAGAGCGCGCGUAGGGGGCUUUGGGCGCCCUAGCGAUGCUGUGGAGCCUGAACUGCACUGGAGUCGGCUGCCGCUCGCCAAGCCUCUCACCGCUGCUCCCUCCCGGAACGGCAGCGCCCCAGCUGCCGCUGAUCCCCUGAGGGGAUGCCCGCCGGCCUCACCGAACCUGCCGGCUCUGCUCCGCCCGCUGCGGUGAGCGCCUCCGGGACGGCGACCAUGGCCCCCGCCGGGGCUCUGCCGGUGCGGGUGGAGAGCACUCCGGUGGCCCUGGGCGCCGUGACUAAGGCUCCUGUCAGCGUCUGCGUGGAGUCCGCGGCGUCCCCAGCGCUACGGUCCCCAGUGGGGACCUUGGUGACCAAAGUGGCUCCUGUCAGUGCUCCCCCUAAACUCAGCAGCAGCCCCAGGCUGCCUGCUCCUCAGAUAGUCACCGUGAAAACCCCCAACACCACAACACUCCAUCUGCCUGCUAAUCUGCAGCUUCCUCCAGGAACAGUUUUGAUCAAAAGUAACAGUGGUCAGUUGAUGUUGGUAUCACCUCAGCAAGCUAUAACAAGAACUGAGACCACAAGUAACAUAACUUCAAGACCAUCAGUACCAACGAAUACUCAAACAGUCAAAAUCUGUACAAUGCCGAAUUCUAGCUCACAAGUAAUCAAGAAUGUGACAGUGGCACCUGUUAAAAAAUUGGCACAAAUAGGAACUACUGUGGUAACCACUGUUCCGAAGUCUUCCUCAGUACAAUCUGUGGCUGUGCCAACCAAUGUUGUAAAAUCUUUGAAUACUGUAUCUACCUUGAAGGCUUCAACUUUGGGAGUAUCAUCCACCCCUUCAAAUGAGCCCAAUCUCAAAGCAGAGAACUUAGCAGCUGCUCAGACUGAUCUUUCUCCAACAAUGCUAGAAAAUGUGAAGAAAUGUAAGAACUUUCUUGCAAUGUUAAUAAAACUAGCAUGUAGCGGAUCACAGUCCCCAGAAAUGGGACAGAAUGUGAAGAAGCUGGUGGAACAACUUUUGGAUGCAAAAAUUGAAGCAGAAGAAUUUACUAAGAAACUGUAUGUUGAACUGAAGUCUUCACCUCAGCCUCACCUAGUUCCUUUUCUUAAGAAAAGUGUGAUUGCCUUACGACAACUUGUGCCUAACUCUCAGAGCUUCAUUCAGCAGUGUGUUCAGCAGACUUCUAGUGAGGGAGUAAUUGUUACCUGUACUACAACAGUAACAACUUCUCCUAUGGUGACAACACUUUCCUCAAGCCAGUCUGAAAAGCCCAUCAUUGUUUCUGGAGUGACAACACCUAGAACUGUGUCAGUGCAACCUCUGAAUCCACUCACAGGUCCAAGGGAAGCAAAGACUGGAGUUGUGACACUUCAUUCCGUGGGCCCAGCUGCUGUACCGGGCCCACCUGCUAUACCCGGAGAAACAACAGCUGGAACUGUUUUCCUUCAGACUUCCAAACCACUUGUGACAUCUGUACCAAAUACAGUUACAACAGUCUCACUUCAACCUGAAAAGCCAGUUGUCUCUGGAGCAGCAGUAACAGUGGCCAUUCCAACAGUAACUUUUGGAGAAACUUCAGCUGCAGCUAUAUGUCUUCCAUCUGUGAAACCUGUUGUUACUUCUGCUGGGACUACAUCAGACAAGACUGUCAUUAGCGCUCCAGUCCAAGUCAAAAUUACCCAGCCUGGUCCUGUCCUUUCACAGACAGCUGGCAUUCAACAGGCAGUUAAAGUCAAGCAGCUAUUAGUUCAGCAGCCUUCAGGAGGCAUUGCAAAACAAGUGACCGCACUUUCCCAUUCCUCUGCAUUGACCAUUCAGAAAUCUGGACAGAAGAUGCCAGUGAACACUGUAAUACCUACCAGUCAGUUUCCUGCAGCUUCCUUUGUAAAGCAAAUUACUCUGCCUGGAAAUAAAAUUCUGUCACUUCAAGCAUCUCCUAUUCCGAGAAAUAAAAUAAAGGAGAAUGGAACAACAAGCUUCAGAGAUGAAGAUGACAUCAAUGAUGUGACUUCCAUGGCAGGGCUCAACCUCAGUGAAGAAAACGCCUGCAUCUUAACCACAAACUCUGUGGUUGGCACACUCAUUCAGUCUUGUAAAGAUGAACCAUUUCUUUUCAUUGGAGCUCUACAAAAGAGAAUUUUAGAUAUUGGUAAAAAGCAUGACAUUACAGAACUUAACUCUGAUGCUGUCAACUUGAUCUCCCAUGCAACACAGGAGCGAUUGAGAGGCCUUUUAGAAAAACUGACUGCAAUUGCUCAGCACCGAAUGACUACUUACAAGGCAAGUGAAAAUUACAUCCUGUGUAGUGAUACCAGGUCACAGCUCAAAUUUCUUGAAAAGCUGGAUCAAUUGGAGAAACAGAGAAAGGAUUUAGAAGAAAGAGAAAUGUUACUUAAGGCAGCCAAGAGUCGUUCCAAUAAAGAAGAUCCAGAACAGCUGAGAUUAAAGCAGAAAGCCAAAGAGUUACAACAAUUGGAGCUUGCACAGAUACAGCAUAGAGAUGCUAAUCUCACAGCUCUUGCAGCUAUUGGACCAAGGAAGAAGAGACCACUAGAAUCUGGAAAUGAGGGAUUAAAAGACAACCUUCUUGCUUCUGGAACAUCCAGCCUGACCACUCCCAAACAAGUGCUUCGUCCAAGAAUCACAAGAAUCUGCCUCAGAGACUUGAUAUUCUGUAUGGAACAGGAAAGGGAGAUGAAGUAUUCUCGAGCGCUAUACCUUGCCCUUCUGAAGUGACUGUUCCACUGUCCAUCCAGAUCCUUGCUGUUUACUGCCAAAGAAGACAAUAGGGAGCAUUGUUGCACUGUCCUGACAUUUCAAUUUCUGGAAAAUAAUCACCAAUGUUGAAGACCAUUGUUUACAGUCAUAAACUUUUAUUUAGUCUUACCUAUCCAUCCCACAGAGUUCUUACAGGCUAGAAUUCAUCAUUGUUUUCUGAAAAUCGGUUAUGAAAUACAGUUUGCAUAGAAGUAGGCAUCUACCUACCUGUUCAUUUAAUUACAGCAAGUUUAAGGCCCUGUUGUUACCACCUGCUUCAUUUGCCAAAUUGUAACAGGUAAGGUGUCUUUCUCUAAUACAGCCUACUUUGAGAUGCAGGAGGAAGGAAGAGUUGCUGCAAAAUAUAAGAAAAUAGAAUUCAUCUUAUACUGCCAGUUUCUGGGCUGGAAUCAGAAGUUGCUUAGCUAUCUGUGACAGUCACCUUCUGCAGUUGAAGUGACAGGCCACAGAGUAGGGCCUGUGCUGACUAGUCAGCUGAAUGCCAAUGCUGAGAAAAAUGGGAAUAGAUUGUACCUGGGGUUGCUAAUUCUCUGGCUUAUAUCACCAAGUGAUGGAACAUCUAUGUCAGGGAAACCUUAUGGUUGAAGCUGCUGAUAUACCUCUUUGGGAAAAUGGAAAAGGUAGAAAGGAUUGGAAGGAAUGAUGAGGUGUUGCAUUCAAACCGAUGAGGAGAAAUGAGAAUGGAGUCAUAAAACAGGAAAUAUGCUUCUUGUGGUCAGCAGAGCAGAGGUGGGAUCAGAACUCCAGAGUGACUGGUACACAUUUCGUUGAUGGGGGGAAUAAUCACAGCCCAACCAAAAAGGAAAAUGUACCAGACAGACUAUUGCUGUAUUGCCCAGGCUGUCUACUUGAACUCUUGGUCUCAAGCAAUCUCUCAAGUAGCUUGGACUAUAGGCGUGGGUCCAAACAUCUUCAAAUUAUAGUAUUUCAAAAGGAAGAAGUUACUCUUUAUUUUUGUUUUAAAUCCCAACAAGGAUUGUUUUUGUAGUUCUCAUAUCUUUUAGUUACCAUAAGUUUUAAGCAUCUUGGUGCAUUUAAAAAUCCUAAUCGAUGAUUAAAAUUUUAACAACAGGACUCCAUUUUGGAUUCUGUACUUAAGAGGUCACAUCAGUAUCUUACCCUUGGGGAUCUUGGCUUUAAAUAUGAGAAGCAUGUUAUAUAUAUUCAUCUGUGGAUGAAGCUGAUAGGCAAGCAAACCCUCUUUUAAAAAAAUUUCCACCUGUGUGGAAUAAACUUGCUAAAAAAAUAAGUUAGAGUAACAUGCAGAAAAAAUAAUUAAACCCUUCAAAAGGGUUUUAAAAAGUGGGAAAUACUGUGCUUUUUAGAAAAAGAAUUCAGAGGAGGGAAAAAAUCACCCCAAGUAUGUUAUUCUUCAUCCUGUACUUCUCAUUGGGACUGUUAAGGCCAUGUUACAUACCAUAGUAAAUUUUAAAUGGGCCGCAUAUUUUGUUUUCAGCAAGUUACUAUGUAAAAUGCUAUAAAUUAUGUCUGUGUUAAGAGUACUUUAAGAAAAGAUCUAUAUCCAAAAUCGUUUUUGUAUAUUUAAAUGCUUAGCUUUAUUUUUUUGUUAAGUGCAGCAUAUUCUCAUAUUUGCAUAUAAUCAUAUUGAUCAUAUGUUUAAAAUUAUUUCAAAUACUUCAUUAAAAUUAUUUUAU